CUCCCACCUAGGGACACCUUCGCCGCCCGGACACGGAUGGGACGCCGGCGGAGCCAGCGAGCAUGCGCGUCCGCCCCGAGCCUGCGCAGUAGCUCGCGCGGCUCCCCGGAGCUGCGGCGCGGAUCGGCGAGCGACGCGGAGGUCUCCGCCGUAGCAGAGGCAGCGACAGGAAGUGAAGCGGCCCCGCCGGGCGAGCGCGGCGGCAGAACCCGAGGCGGCGGAAGGGGCUCUGCGGCAGCGGCGGCGGCGGCGGCGGCGACGUCGUCGUCCAUCGGGGAGGCCGAAGGAACUGAGCCCCGACGGGACACGCCCGCUCGCAAGCCAGACCCCGAGGCGGGCAGGAUGGAUCACCACCAGCCGGGGACUGGCCGCUACCAGGUGCUUCACAAUGAAGAAGAUAAUUCAGAAUCAUCUGCUGUAGAGCAGCCAUCAACUUCUAACUCAACAGCACAGACUUUGGAAGCUGCUUCUUCAGCACCAGCUCUGGACACUGACUCUUCUCCUCCACCUUACAGUAGCAUUACUGUGGAAGUACCUACAACUUCAGAUACUGAAGUGUACAGUGAGUUUUACCCCGUGCCACCUCCGUACAGUGUUGCUACCUCUCUUCCUACGUAUGACGAAGCUGAAAAGGCCAAAGCUGCUGCCAUGGCAGCCGCAGCAGCGGAAACACCUCAAAGAAACCAGGAGGAAGAGUGUACACCAAGAGAUGACUUCAGCGAUGUAGACCAGCUUAGAGUAGGCAACGACGGCAUUUUCAUGCUGGCGUUUUUUAUGGCAUUCAUUUUCAACUGGCUUGGAUUCUGCUUAUCCUUCUGCAUCACCAAUACCAUAGCUGGGAGGUAUGGUGCUAUCUGUGGAUUUGGCCUUUCUCUGAUCAAAUGGAUCCUCAUUGUCAGGUUUUCUGACUAUUUUACUGGUUACUUCAAUGGACAAUAUUGGCUUUGGUGGAUAUUUCUUGUACUUGGCCUGCUCCUUUUCUUCAGAGGAUUUGUUAAUUACCUGAAAGUCAGAAACAUGUCUGAAAGUAUGGCAGCUGCACAUAGAACAAGAUACUUCUUCUUACUAUAGAGCCUGCAUCAACCCAACAUUCCUUCUUACACCAAUGUGAGAUGUCCACAUCAUCUGCAAGCCUGCAGCUCUGCUAAAGUAGAAGACCACCGAGAGCAGAAGAAAGCUUAGUGAAAGGAGGAACUUGGAAAUCAAAUGGCAGGGGUUAUGCUUAACAGCCGUGUCUGCUCAUUCUUUAGUUAUCUGUAUUCCAGUUGUUUUGCACAUUUGCAUAUGUGCCUAUGUAAAAGAUGUGCAUAUACUUGAAAGAAUUCGUAAAGGUGUUGCAGCAAAGUCCAGUCACACUUGGUUAAUCAGUGUUUGAUAGAGUUGGAAGAGUUGAGUGAUGAACACUUCCAGCAUGUAAAUACUUCUGACUUGACCUUAGUGUAAUAAAAGUUACAUUAUUAAUCUUGUCAAAUGCUUUAGUUUCUGGCGCUUAGAUUCACCUGGUAAUUCCAAACAUGAACUAUUCUUUGCUAUAGAUGAUGUUUAUUAAAACUUGCAGUGUGAUUAUUAGAAAAGAUUUGUCAGAUUUUUGGAUAUGAUAUUUAGGAAAAUUCUUGUAAAUAACCAUGCAUAUGUUGCUUUUUUCAGUCUUUUCUUAGAAAUUGUGUCUAGAUUUCUUUUCAUUAAUUUAAAAUUAAGUAAACUAAAUAUACAGAAAUAAACUUUGUUAAAGAUAGAGUGGUUUCAGAUGAACUUUAAGAAAAUGUGAGUAUACCAAAUGUCCUUUAAAGAAAAAAAAAGUUAAGAGGCAAUACUCAUUUUAGGGAUUUUCAAAUCAGAAACUUAGAUUUAAGGAUUACUCACCUUAGCAAUUCUUACAAGAGGAUAUUGCAGUAGAUCUUAUAUUUAUUUACAUCUAAGACAAUUUAAAGAAUUAAUUUACCAAAUAUAUUCUCAUUUGCAUUUGUCUUUUAAAAAGCCAAUAAAAGUAUCUUUCAAUAUUACUGUAAUCAUUUUUUUCUUUAAAUGUUUAAUUUGUUAAGCUUAGCAAAUAAAAUCUUGUUCUGUUAA